GUGCACAGUUCUGCACACAGGAUGGCUGGAAUUGUUCACGUCGUGAUGAGGCUGCUGCUUUUAUCUUUUAUCACAACAGGUGUAAAUGCAGGAGAUGGUCUGAUAUUUACUGAACGGGCUUAUGAUCUUACAGUUCCGUGUGAGGACGAUCUAGUCUGCUUUCAUAUAUGGAAGCUCAGCAGGCGCUUACUAAGUGAUUACGUUGCGAUAGUCAGUAAUGGAGCGAUCCAGACAGCCACAUCAGAGGACAAGGACUCAAAAUGCACUCUGCAAAUCAAAGAUCUCACAGCGGAGGAUGUCGGACGUCAUCGCUGCCCGAAAAGGCCAGAUGUCUCCUCUCGUACCUCCCCAGAGUUGAACCUCAUGCCGGGCAAAACUGUGACUCUGCAGUGUAUUCUCCUCAGCUUUCUACAGAAUAGACAUUGUUAUAAAGCGCUGCAGGUCGGCCUGGCGUGGGUGGAUGAAGCCGGCGCUGAGAUACAGGAGGACUCACAACAUCAGAUAAAACAGGAGUCACCUUGCAAUGUGAUUCUGACUGUCGCCUUUCAAAGUCCUCCAAACAGGAAGUUUAGGUGCCGGGCGACUGUGGGUAAACAAGUCCAAACUUCAGUGGAGCUGCUGGUCCGAGUCCCAGCUCUUAAAGGGAAGGGAAGAGGAAUCGUCAUAGAUCUAAAACCUGGAAAUCAAGGUGGCAACCGGGACACGAUCGGCGCCGCUGUGGGGGUGGUGGGAUGUGUGGUUUUGGCCGGGCUGGUUGCAUUGUUCGUGGUGAACAGAAGAAGAAGAAGAAGCCAGCUGCAGGAUGAGUCUUGCUACACGACCAGUACCAACAAUGUUUUGAACGCAGACGAUGUGGUCUACGCUGACAUCAUGCUCCCCAUUGAUCCUGACAGAGUUUGGGUCCAUGAGUACGAGUCAACUGAAUACGCCUGUGUCCAAUACAAAUAGUCUGCCGUCCAACGUAUAAACCGCAGUGUAUAAUCCUUUUGUUUGCGAGCUCCAACUGUGCCAUUUGUUUUAAUAAUGUGAUUUUCUCCACACCAAAUCCCUUUAAUGUAGCUUUAGUUGUCAAUGAACCAGUAUGUUGCCCUUUGACUCAGCUAUUUUGCAAUUUAACGACAUGUAAAAUGUUACAUGAAUUUUAAUAGUCUACCUCAAUAUGUUUGAGUUCUCUUUUUAGCUAUGGCAAUUAAUUCACCAAUGUAUUUUCUGAAUGUGAGUACAUGUGAGGAUGUAGUAAAUGAAAUAAGCCCAGUUUGUUAUUCAUGGUGUUUAGUUGAAAACGUGUCUUUAGGUCAAAAAUAAAUGAAAAGAUGACAACCUUGGC